UUUGCGAGUCGCCUUCAGUUAGCUUAGCGGGAUAACAGGUGACGAUUUUGCUGUGGAAUAUAUCUAAUUUGUCAUAUAUUCAGCGUUUUCAUAGGACAUUACAUCCAACAGAGGGAGAUGCCACCCCGUCGAGAUGACGUCAUCCCCGAAAACGAGGCAGGAAAAGACGUGAAUUCAAACUCGUUUCCGGGAUUCAAGCGUUACCCGACGAACAGGGAUCACCCACUUAAAUCGGCCCUGAAAUGGAUUAAGGGGAAACGAGAUGACGACGCCGUAGGCCCUUACUGGAGAAUACACGACGGGCUCUACGAUCUGACGGAGUUCGCCGAGAGACAUCCGGGAGGCAAAGUCUGGAUCGAAUCGACCAAAGGCACAGACAUCACAGAGGCCUUCGAGAGCGCGCACCUCGGGACUCAAGCACAAGCACUGUUGCCCAAGUACUUUGUCAAGCAUGUGGAAGAACCCAGGAAUUCUCCUUAUACAUUUCAUGAAGACGGCUUUUACAAGACGUUUAAAAGAAAGGUCCGCCCUGUCCUAAAGGAGGUUGGAACUGGGCCAGAUUGGGCAAUGGUCCUGAUCCAAGACGGUUUAGCGAGUGCCACGGCUUUAUCGGUCUUCGCAGCAUGUCUCUUGAAUUCCACCGCAUUUGCUGUUCUUGGCGGUAUAUUUCUUGCCAUGACGUCCAUGUGCGCCCACAACUUCUUCCACCAGCGAGACAACUGGCGGAUGUUUCUCUUCGACCUGACCUUCCUCUCCUCCUACGACUGGAGGAUAACCCACGGGCUUUCGCACCACAUCUACACCAACACCUUCUACGACUUCGAAGUGUCCAUCCUCGAGCCCUUCUGGGAGUUCCUGCCCAAACCCGAGAAGAACUUCCUUCAGCGGUACGGAAGUUGCGCUUACGAGUACCUGCUGAUCCCGGUGGCGAUGUACAUGGAGGCCCUGAAGAGGAUUUGUCUUGUCCUGUCGGGGGAAGCGCCGCUCAGACCUGAAAAUCUCCUGCCUCUUCUGGAGUUGGUUGCGAUGUGUCUGGCGGCGCCCUCGUUCGGGGCGGCGCUCAGGUUGUGGCUCGUGUUGCACGCUGCUUGCAGCUCGUGGUUCACAGGAGUCGGCCUCGUUGUGGCUCAUCAUCACCCAGAAAUUUACCAUGAGGGGGACGCCAUGAGGGAGGACCGCGAUUGGGGCCUCUGCCAGUUAGACGCAGUUCGAGACAGGGUCGAAGUAACAGGAAAUCUGUUUUUAGUUGCAACCGUCUUUGGCGACCACAGUCUGCACCAUCUUCUGCCAACCGUAGACCAUUCUAAGCUGAAAUAUGUUUACCCCGUUUUCUUGGAAACCUGCAAGGAAUUCAACAUGCCGUUUUCCCUCAAGAGCCAGUGGGAAAUGGUGUGCGGAAAAUACCUUCAGCUUGCGAACAACAAACCCAAUAAAUGUUCUCCGAGUUAUAAGAGCAAAA